AUGGCAUUAAAAUUGAAGUUCAAAGACGAGCACGGUAUACUACAAAUCAACAUGAGUCCAUCCAGCACACCGCAAGUCGAAUCCAACACCCAACCCACUGACGAGCAGCGAAACGAGAUAACCGAUCCAAAAUUCGAUACGAUCAACAACCGUUUCGCGCAGUACGACUUAUUCGGGGGCAAAUAUGAUACGGACGGUGGGGAGACCCCGCGAUCACUGUUCCGAAGCCGCUACAAUAGCAUAGAAGAGGAACUUGCCAAUACGCCUUAUGCAUUCGCGACGGAACGCUCGUUGCGACUAAACAACAACCUAUUAGAUAUAACAAUACAGUCGCGAUUAGACGAGGCAUCGCCGUCCAAAGAUAUAGAGGACGAUCGAUACUUCAAUCGGAGCGAACUAUUCGGUCCGCAAAUCGAUUUUCUAUCGAAAAGUUCGACGAAAACAUCGGACGAGGAGGAAACUCCGGCGUUCACUGUAACGCAGUUGAUUCACGCGCAGGACCGAUAUUUCGAUUUGUCGUCGCGACAAUCGAGUAGUGUUGUCGAUAGUCCGAAGGAUAAAGUGAGUUUUGAAGUGAAAAGUGUCGGUUCAGGGAAAGAGAGGACGGUUAGGAUUGUUGGUAAAGGUGGUGACAGUGGUAAAGAUGAGGCGUUCAAGGUGCUUCCUGAGAGGGCAGUGAAGAGCGUACCUCCGAAGCCGGCGUCUGCGCAACCAGUGGUGCCAACAUCGAAGAGAAAGCGAGAGUCAUCAUUCGCUAUCAUAACAGAGACUCCAGUUGCAUCGCGACCUUCCAGUCCGAGGUCUUUGCCAGUUGAAAUAAAACCUGGAAGAGUAUCGCCAUUUAAAGGUCGAGGAUUCAGAGAAGAGACCUCACGACAUACCACACCAAAAACAUCAGCUGCCAACUCCCGAACAAACUCACCUCCCAGAAGAAGAACCAACUCCUUGUCUAAAAUCGAUAAAAUGGCUCAAGCAGCUACAAUACAACCUCUUAUACACACGUUAAGUAGGCCUCAUUCACCUAGGAAUUUUCUUAAAGAAAAUAUUGAAGAGAUUCGAGAAUUAAGUGAAUUAAAUAGAGAAAAACAUGAAGCUGAAGCACAGAGGAAGAAAAUAGAAGAAGAAGAAGCUCUAUUAAAAGAAAUGGGCUUAUUGGAUAAGAAUGCAAGGAGUGACGCGAUUAGAAGUGUUGUAUGUUCACGAACAACAUCCAGAAGCAACUCCCCAAAUAAAAUAAACCUUAGAUCCAGAUCUAAUUCCCCUUCAGCUAUAUUACAUUUCGAAAACAUUGCUGCUAGCAACAAUGAAUUCAUCAACAAAGAUGACGGGAUGCCCAAACCUGUAACGCAUAAAUCUCGACUUCGAUCUGUAUCAAGGUCACAGCCUCAGUCGAAUGAUGGAUCACCGAAGCAUUCAUCUAAGGUACCCAAACGCCAAAACUCUGUUUCACCAUCAAGACGAGAUAAUUCCAAAUCAAGAUUUCCAGAAAAUAGUCUCAACAAAAAUCAAAGAUUCAUUUCAAAUAGUACUAGUAGUAUUCAUGAAAGUAUAAAAGUUGGAAGUCAGGCACAUGAUAAAAGAGCUAUGAGUAAAAGCACUCAGUUUUUGAAUAUUGCACCAGCUCAUAUUCGGGGAAAGCCUCCUAUUUCUCCUGGUCGUGGUGGGCCACCACCAGCAAACAAAUCUAUUAAUUCUAAAAGACUGUCUCCCAUUGUAGGCACUCCAAAUAAAAGCCCAACAGAAGAUUUGAAACCUAAGUCUGCUAAAACAUCCACAAAGCCUUCGCCAAUGCCUAGAAAGACUAUAAAAACAGUCGGUAAUACACCUGCUACAUCUAGAUUAAAUUCUAGACAGCCUAGCAGAACAGUAAGUAGAGACCACAGCCCUGAGAAACGUAAAGCCCUUCCUAAAGUUACUUCAACAUCAAAACCAGUGACUAAAACUCCAAACAAGUCUAUUACUCGAACACCAAGCUCUAAAUCAAUUCAAAAACCAAUAACAAAUAAUAAUAAACCAGAACCUAAAAAAACAAUUAAUAGAACAAAUAGCAUUAAAAGUUUAACGAGAACACCAAGCACUAAGACUUUGUACGAAAAACCACCGUUACUCAAAAAAAGAGACAGUAAAUUAGAUUUAACAGACAAAUCACAAUCAAUGAAUAAAAUUAAUGAAGUAGGUGCAAGAAAAGAUGAAAAGAAGGCGAUUAAGUCUGGCAAAAAAGAUAAAGAUAAUAAAGAAGAUGCUAAAAAGAAAGAAAAAGAACAAGCUAAAAAGGGUGUUGAUUCAUGUACAGGUGGAGAUGAAGUAACCAAACAGGAUAAUGAAACGCAGUAUGACAAAAUUACUAAUGAGAAAGGAGAGUUAGUAAUUUUGACGAAAAAAAGCGUUGUUUCUAUGACAACGGCAGCAAUUACUUCACAGCCUUUAGAAGUUGUGACUACAGUUACUAAUCAGUUACCAAAUGUAUUGGAGAAGGCAAGGGAGAAAGGAAUUUUUGAAAGGUUAGGUUCAAAAGACUCAUUAGCACCGAAAGAUGACGAUAAGGAAGAAGAACAUGCAAAACCAGAAACGAAGGAAGUUGCUGAAAAAGAUAAAGAAAAGGAUCCUGAGAAAAAUAAGACUAAAUUAAAAGAUAACGAUAAGGAAAAAGAAAAAGAAAAGGACAAAGACAACGUUAAAGAAGUUGAAAAGUCCGAUAAAACUGAUGAGAAAAAGCAAGCAAAACAUACUAAGGCGACAGAAAAAACAGUAUUUAAUGAGGAGAACAUAAAGUUAAGGCUCUUACAACCACCUUACAAUAAUCCUCAAGUAGAAAAGGCACGACAAAAAAUAGAAAGCAUAUUAAAAGAACCAGAAGUAUCCACGGAGAAUAUUUUAUCCGUGCCACCAAAAACUUCCUCCGCUGAAACUAAAAGUACAUUAAAAAACGUUGCCAAUAAGACAAAAGCAGAGAUAAAAGAAACUAAAGACGAGAUUGCAAGUAAGUUAACUGACAUUAAAAAUGAUCUCGUCAAACAAAAUGAUAAAACUACCGCAGAAAUGCGCUCCGAAGCUACUAAAAUUGUUGAUAGCAUUAUGACGCCGGUAGAAAAUCCGAAGCCUAAAGAGAAUCAAGAAAAAGUGGAACCCAAAAAAGAUGUAGAACCGAUAGUCGUUGUUGUGAAUGAAAAAAAGAAAAAUGGCCCGACGGAAAUGGAAAAGGUGACGGAAACGCUUGUUAAAGGCGAACCGGAAGUAGAAGUACAAAGUUCAAAUUUGUCAACGCCGGGAACUGAGAAGAUGGCGGUACACCAGCCGGUCGAAGGAAGCGGGUCGGAUAAAUCAACUCACAGCAAUGGCGGAUUCCCCCAAAGCACCAGUACAACACCAAAGCCUCCCGCCCGAGCCCAUCGAAACCAUUCCAAAGAAGAUAAAACUGAAUCUUCCAAGGACAGCAAGGAAGGAACACCAGACACCGACAAAGAACCUAAAAAACCUACAAUAGGUUCCCGGUUAAUGGGGAAAUGUAAGAAAUGCUGUGUAAAAGGAGAAAGCGAUGUUGAAACAGAUACUGAAGCUCCAGCAGAGAAAAAAGGAACAAUGAGCAGACUUAAUUGUUGUAAGAAGAAAGACGAAGAAGAUAAAGAUGCGAAUAUUGCAAAAGCAGCAGAUAAGGCGGCAACGAUCCAAUUUGAGAGCGAGACGAAACACAAGCGGAAGUUGCGUGACGUUCUAUGCGGAUGCUGCGGACGUAGACGGAGAGUCAGCGACGUGUCUGAAGUUGCUGCGAGGAACGUGGCGGAGAUGGCAGCGUCACCACAUGUGGUCAACACCGGCUGCUGCGGGAAGAAACGGCCCGAGAUCGAGAGAAGAGACAGCAUACUGAGUGACAGACCACCAGCCAAUUGUUGCACACGCAUGUGCACUUGGAUGAGUGGCGCGUGCCGCCGACACUCCGAACAGUCAUCCAGCAGGCGCACCAGCUUGUUCUCCAAGAACAAGAGUCUUUCACCCACCCUGCCGCCUGAGGACACUCGCAAGAAGUUAGACUCCUCACUAGUGGAACACACGAGUGUGAUGCGCGGAGCCAUUCCCGUACUACCCACCAUACUCGCCUACUUCUGUCUCUUCUGCAACAUCAUUGUGCCAGGACUUGGUACAAUAUUCAGCGGCAUGUUCUGUUUAUGUUUUGGAAUACCCAGGUUCGGGGUUCAUGACGGUGCAAAACAUAGAAUAGGUUCCUUCGUGAUUAACUUAUUGGUGGGUUGCGGGCAAUUGUUCACGGUGCUAUUCUGUCUGGUGGGCUGGGGCUGGUCCAUCUGGUGGGGCGUGAUCUUCGUCAAAGUAGCGCGUAAAUAUCGUAAAUUAAAAGCGGAAGCGGCGGCCGAGGAGGCCGAAGCCGCGCCCCCGGUGACCGCCAACAACCACACGAGGACGUAACGACGACGACACGACCACGACCACUGCACCAGUACAAACGUUUACGACAUAGUGACGGGACCGAUGCAUGUAUUUAUUAAACUAUUUACACGACACUAAGGCUGCUGAUAUACAGUCGGUUAGCCGUCAGGUAGUCUGAAAGUUGAAUGUAAUAAUUGUACAAGAUGACGACAUCGUGACGGGACCGCUGCGUAUAUUUGUUAAAGUACUGUUAAUACAUAACUAACUAAGGUUGCUGAUAUACAGUCGGUUAACCGUCAGGUGGUCUGAAAGUUGAAUGUAAUAGAUAAUUGUACAAUAUGACGAAAUCGUGACGGGACCGCUGCGUGUAUUUAUUAAAGUAGUAUUUACACGAUACUAAGGUUGCUGAUAUACAGUCGGUUAGCCGUCAGGUUGUCUGAAAGUUGAAGAUAAUAGAUAAUUGUAUAAAAUAGACUUGAUAUUUACUGUGAUUGUAUUCUUUUCUCAGCUUCAUGUACGUAUAUAGUGUAUGUUAUGAAGAUUGUAUAACUCAGUAGAAACCGGAUAUACUGUCGGUUACAAUUGAUUGA